UCUGGCCUUCUUCACCGAAUCAUUUUUUUGGAGAAAUUAGACUUCUGUACAUGAUGCAUACCCUCCAGGCCAAGAUUGCAGGCCGACGAUCUCGUGCUGGACUGUUUGUCCAAUAUCCCUAUCAGAGGUUUCGCUGACUCGGAAUUAUUAUGAACCCACAGCAAGAUUGGCCGUACCACUCUGGCAGGCCUGCCAUUUAUUUGAGGCACGGUGGUGUGAAGGACACGAAUUCAUCUACGAGUGGUCAGGCGUCUCCCAAUCAAGGGAUAACCUGGAGGCCUUCCAACUUGGCCGCGUCAAAGGCCAGACAGACCAGACACAAUGCCAUAUUGUGGAGAGAUAUCACCCACCAACUGUAAUGCCUGCUAGCCAUGCGAUUCUUAUAAAAUACCAGGGAUGUACGGUGACACCGCCAUCUUCAAAGCUGGUAUCUUUGGAUAUCCAAGUCCUUCGGCUGUAGAGCAUAAUUGCAUUGCCUGUCUGUACGUUCGACUCACCUCGAUGCUACCUCGUAAAAGGCACUCUGGCCAGUCCUUUGGGCAAUUUUCAUCCUCAUCGACUGGAAGGAGCACUCCACCUCCCUCGCCUACUACAAAGCAACGUCCAACUAAACGUCUUACGCUAUCGAAUGGAACAACAGCAGAUCGUGUUCCAGCUCCAUGUCAUUCAUGCGAUCACAUAAUUCCAUUCUCUGAUAAUGGCAAUCCUGGCGUGUCGGUCAAGAACAUCUUGAAUGGUGAAUGCAUGCAGGACAAUCCAGAACCUGGUUUCAAGGCAGGGCCCCACAAAAUAGGUUUUCAGUGGCCUGGUUAUGAUGCUUCGGACCCCAGACACAUCACAGUCAAUCCGAAUACGAAACAUGAACUCGCAGUUGCGGUGUGUACUGCAAUGCAUAAGUUUUACUCAUCUGCAUCGAGACUGACGCCUUUGGUCAAAUCUGACCCUUGGACCCUCUGUUCACGAGUACGAUUAAAAGAUAUCUUGCUCACGUCCAUACAUUUGGAUGCAGCUGGUGUGUGGCUUCCGGAAUUUUAUGUACUGCGGAAGUAGUGGUAUUGUUGGAUUCGUUGAGUUGAAUUCACGCUUGUUACACCUAAGUAAUAAUGUUACAUAAUGCGGCAGGACACAUGACAUAUGCGUGCUGCAGGUAGUGUUGUAGUGUAAGUUAAUAUAAGAAGAUCAUGAUGCACAAAGGAGUUUGGCAGGUUCGAAAAUCGAGGGCUCUACUGCUACUGUACCACGGCAUGGGCUCGAUGGCAUAUUUUACAGGCAGCGAUCGGUGGUAAGGCUAGUUUGGGUACGGCACUGGGCAAGAAGUUGGCAUCAUCUUUAAAGCUUAAGCUUCACUAGCACUCCCGAGCCCUGCACUGCACCGUAC